AUCUUGGCCGAAAUUUUUAUUGGUGACAUUAUAUUAAUCAAUAAUAUAUUUUUCAUCAAAGAAGAAGACGGUUAUGGUUGUUUAAAAGAUAAAUCUCUUAUAAUGAAAUUUUCCAAACUAGAGGAACCCUUUCCACAGGAAUGUAAGUGAUAUUUUAGGAGAAAAGUUAUGCUUACUAUAUGGUCUUUCCCAAACAGAUUUUUCAAAACUUAUCUUGUCUACAUGGAUGCAAUUACAAAUAUAGAGAAAGGUGAAGAUUUAUUUAAUUUAAAAUUUACAAGAUUCUUUUUACUUUUAUUUCGAUUUAAACAGGGUCACGUUUCGUACGAUUGAGGAAUUUAAGCAAGUUAUGUUCACUUGAGAUAGAAAAGGAUCCUGUUUGGGAGAAAGAGCCUACUCAUUCGGAGAAAAACUGUUGCAGUAUUUUAGACAUGUUACAUGCGAACAAACCCGAUUAUUACGAGGAUAUUACUGAGCCUGGAUUUUUCAAACAAUGGCCGCCUAAACAGGAACAUGAAGUUGCGGCGAAAAGACACGAUGGUUGCAAAAGAAAAUUCUAUUGACAUUGAAGUAAAUGUUGAACAAAAUUUACUGUCCAUGUUGUACAACGACGCCAAAAUUGCUUUUUUUAUCUGGAAGCGCUUAAAAAGGGGAUAUGUUUCGGCAAGAGAUGCAUGGAAUUACGCCCGUGCUCAAAAGCGACGAUAUGUACCGGAAAAGGACUGUGUACCAGAUGAAGAAUCGUCUGAUGAAGAAGACUUGGACUGGUAUAAUGCAGGAAACACCUUUGACGAGAAUGAUUUAUUCUGUGCAGAUGAUACUGAUUCUGAUCUUUCCGUGCAUAAGAUGAGUACCGAGCCUGAUGAUUCGUAUGAUGAUGAUGACGACGAUAUAGUUGUAAACGACGAUAAAUUUCAGGAAGGCGAUGUCAUUAUGGGUAAAAAAUAUGGUCGAAGAUAUUAUUUGUUUCUCACAGCAUGCUGUAAAGAUAUGGUUUUGGGCUCAAAACAAGUAUUGCGACAAUUUCGUGGCAUGAAUUAUUUUAAAGAAACAAAUGAGCUGGGUGUAAAUAAAGCGAAGUUCCUUGUCCUUCAUCUUCAGAAUAAAUUUAGGAAAACUUGGAAGACCAAAAAGGGCGAUUGGAGCAAGUGGUUUUCUGCAGCUGAUUUACUUGUCGCUAGUGACACUAGCCUACAUAAUGCAUGAAUUUAACAUUAUUUUGUAAUGCGUAGUUAAAGAAACAACAUUUUUAUUUAGCGAUAUGCAAACUUAUAAAAUUUUUUGCGUUUUCACAUGUCGUCUGUAGAAUAGGCACGUGUGUAUAACUUUGGUUUUUAUUAUCUGAUAUCAGAUUUUCUUUUAGAAGUUCUUUAUGUAGAUGGUGAAGUUUUACAAAACACAAAAAAACCUUAGUUGUUGUUUUUGUACUGUUCAUUUUAUGAAACUCAACUGCCACAAGACAGAUAAGGCGUGGGAUAAAGCCUUCGGGGAAUUGGUCAAAAGCUAUUAUGAGAAAAUGUUAUUUAAGACAACAGAAGUGAAAAGAGUAAACCGUAACUACAGCAACUUUUGUUUAUAUCUUCAUUUAAAAAAUAUAGUCAGUUAAAAUGGUUUCGUGGGUUCGCUUUUUUAUUUAAUAGGCUUUUUUUGUCAACAUAAAUGACUGUAUUCUACCCUUAUCACGAGAGCUACAUA